AUGAUUCUGAGUGUUGUGAGGAAGGCAAGUAUUAAAGUGCUCACCAAAGAUUUCGAGCAAAACAAAAGCAGUUCUAACAUCAACAGUCUCGAGGAGGGUGGCGAUGGUGGUGGGCCGUCAAAGUGUGACAAUAAGUACCACUCAGACAACACCCCGGUUGUGAAUGCAAUGGUGGUUGAUGAGUGUGACUCCACAGUGGGGCGUGAUUCAGUUCAUGAUUAUCAGCCUCCUUGUCUUAACAGCAUAGUUGAUGUCUCUGAGGCUGUCUGGAAAGCUUUAAGGGUGCCAGAGAAAAAUUGGGUGAAUUAG